CAUCUUUCUCCUCCUUCAACGACGAUGGCCGUUCCUACUCCCCCGAAUAAUUCGCCACCGCGACCGGCGGCUCCAACUCUCACUACCCUGCCGGCGCGCUGUCCUCCUCCGCCGCCUCAAGAUCCUGAUUCUCCCCUUCAUCCUUCUCCCACAAUGCCAGAAUCGCCAUUGCUCUCGUCCCCUGCGCCGCCUUCCUCCUCGAUCUCGGCGGCGCCCCCGUCGUUGCUACCCUCACCCUAGGCCUCAUGCUCUCCUACAUCCUCGAUUCCCUCGACCUCAAGUCCGCCGCCUUCUUCGGAGUAUGGCUCUCUCUGAUCGCCUCUCAGAUUGCUUUCUUCUUCACCUCCUCCCUCAUCUCCGCCCUCAGCUCCGUCCCCCUCGGGCUCCUCGCCUCUUUCCUCUGCGCGCAGGCCAAUUUCCUCAUCGGCGUCUGGGCCUCUCUCCAGUUCAAGUGGAUCCAGCUCGAGAACCCUAGCAUCGUCCUCGCGCUCGAGCGGCUCUUGUUUGCCUGCAUUCCGUUCACUGCUUCCUCCAUCUUCGCUUGGGCCACCAUCUCCGCCGUCGGUAUGAACAACGCCUCGUACUAUCUCAUGGUCUUCAACUGCGUCUUCUAGUGGCUCUUCGCCAUCCCUUCGACGGUGAUUUUCGAUGGUGU